CUGGGCGACUAUUACAUAGACCAGGAAAGCUUUAUUCAUCAUGCCUAGAAUGUUGAUUGGUUCUUCACGUCUAUAUUAUGUUGAAAUAAUCUAUGUGAAAACCAAGUCAUUGGCUGUUAUCAACUACUGUUUCCAAUCAAUUAGAAUGAUCAUUUCAAUUCUACAUUUUUCAUUGGUUGAUAGAAGAAUGUUCUGUACAUUUCACUUAUUCACAUUCUAUCCACUUGUUUAUCAAGUUGAAAUAAAUUAACCUACCUGCAUUCAUGAUUUCUUUCUUCACUGUACGGUUACGUAUUGUAUUAUGAUGGCCUCACUACUUUCUCUUCGGUAACGUUGAAAUGUGCUAGAUUCUGAUUUUUUCGUUGCAAUUGUUAAAACUAAUACUGAUGUUGAUCAAAGCUUCUCAAGAGUGCAAAUCAAUUACUCUUGUGUUAAUUGUACUCCUGAUUAUCUGGCUGAUAAUUCUUGCACCUAGUUCAUAUUUCUUGGAUUCGAAACCAGGAAACAGAUUCAUAUCGUCAGGAAUAAAUGAGUCAAUACUUCCGAACGAAUAUGGUUCAUAUGCUAAUCGGUCUGACUUAGCUGCUAUCCUACACAAAACAUAUUCUACUCAGACUAGAUUAGCUGUUCAGAAAUAUCCCCUGUAUUUUAGUUUAGAAGAAGAAAGGUUGAAAAAGCUGUAUGACACAAUAAAAGAAGAAAAGAAAGUGAAGAAGUUUCUCAAUUAUGGGAAGAGAACAAUUUUUACACCUAUGAAUUUUUCCUACUGUCAUGCGAAGGAGUGUGAUGUCAUUAAUGAAAUGGAAAGAUGGCGAGAAGCUGAUGGAUUAAUACUUACAGAAGAUAAACUGCCAGAUGGCGUACGUCCACCAGGACAAUUAUGGUUUACACUUAUACAUGAAUCUCCUGUGCAUAUCGCAAUCGCAAACUCUCUGAAGAAUGAGGUGAACUUUACCAUAUCUUAUCGUUUCGACUCAACAGUUUAUUCUUCGUAUGGUUAUUAUGAGCCACAUAUCAAAACUCACGGACCAGAGACGAGAUAUCCACUACCUUCUCGUAACAUUGCGGCUGGGAGAUCUAAAAAGGUGGCGUGGUUUGUAAGUAACUGUAUACCGAAGAGCCCUAGAAUGGUAUAUGCCAAAGAAUUAUCUCGACAUAUAUCCGUUGACAUAUACGGUGGAUGUGGCACGAAAUCGUGUCCGAAGAAUAAAGCAACAUUUGCUUCAACGCCUGAAUGUUUAAGUACGAUUCGUGAAAACUACAAAUUUUAUUUGAGCUUUGAGAACAGUUUGUGUUCGGAGUACAUAACUGAGAAACUCUACAGAAAUGCCCUCAACAACGAUAUACUUCCCAUUGUGAUGGGAGCUUCAAUUGAGGAAUACGAAAGGGUUGCUCCGCCAUACUCGUUUAUUCACGUAGAUCAGUUUGAAUCACCAGCAAAACUUGCAGAAUACUUGAAUUACUUGGACAAAAACGAUACCGCCUACAAUGAAUACUUCGCUUGGCAUGGUCAUGGUAUUAUCCACGACUGGGAUUCUCAACCACAGUGCGCUAUGUGUUUACUAGCACAUACUUCUCCCUUGUUUGGACCGUAUUGGAUUCCACAAGUAGCCAGAUGGUGGAAUGAUGGAUGCAACGGACGGAGACUGCGAUGGGGAUCGUAAUUGUACUCGAAUGCUGAGAAAACACAAGUUUCCUUUGUUUCGUGCUCCUUCAAGUGACCAAACACAUCUUAUGGAUGUUUACUUUUUCUGUGCAAAUAAUUUCCUUACACAUCUUCUUUGAUAUUAUUGGUAAUUAAAAUAGUAAAAUUCGACCGAUGCAUAGAGAAUAUUUAAUUAAGAGUAUUGAAUUCUCAUCAACACCGACCUUCUCCAAUUUAUGUGAGAAAAAUAUUUUUCACCGAAGAAUUUCUACUUCUUUUUUGAUAAGAAAAAGACAAUUAUGUACUUCAGUGGUUUUUAUUACACUCUAUAUUAACACUAGACUGCAUCAUUUUCAGGAAUUAUCAUUGUACAAUGCCCACAACUGUUAGCAAUGUUAGAAUGUAAAGGUAAGAAUGUAAAUGAAAACUAUUUGGCAAGAAAUAAUUUCUUCCUAAUAUGUUUGGUAUUUUACGCCUACGUAGUCAUUUUAAUAGCAUUUCACGGAUUAUAAGCGUAAUGUGAGGAGUAUAUUGUGAGAUAAAUUCAGAGGACAGGGGAUCAACUCCGUUUUGGCCGGGAUCUAAGUUAUUGUGUUGUUCACAAAUUUUUCACCUCUCUUGUCCAGAAAUAUACACAUAUAUCUCUCUCAAUUCAUGUUCAUCAAUAUUGUAUAAUUCGGCU